AUGUUUACUUUCAAGACAGCUCCCUCAGCUCAGAAACACGCAGGCGCUCGUAGUAGCUGUGCGCCCGGGACCGUACGCGUCUCCAUGAGCUCUGCGUCAGGGCGCAGCCAGUCCGCCGUGCUGCCCUCCGUGUUGACCUUUCUGGUGAUCGUGGCUUCGGGAGGUCUGCUCAUGAUGAUCGAGAAGGGCAUGUUGAGCAGAGUGGAAGCUCCGGGACCGCGGGCGAUGGGCAGGCGGCUCCACACGCCUCGGGACGUCGGCAGCAGCCAAGAAGACGUGGACCUACAGGUCUCUCGAGAUAUCCGUAACCGGACCAUCAAGGCAAUGUGCAGUCAGAGAAACAUGCCGCAUGAUAUUUGGUCUCUUCAGCCAGCACAAAGACGGACGUUACUCCAACACAUUUUAGUCAAUGACCAGUAUGGUUUUCUCUAUUGCUACGUGCCCAAAGUCGCCUGCUCCAACUGGAAGAGGGUUUUGAAAGUCUUGAGCGGAGCACUGGAGAACGUCAAAGUCAACAUUAAGAUGAACCACAAAAGCGAUCUUGUGUUUUUGGGAUCCUUGAAACCAGAUGAAAUCAAGUACCGUCUAAAACACUACUUCAAGUUCAUGUUUGUGCGGGAACCAAUGGCACGUCUGCUGUCGGCUUACAGGAACAAAUUUGGGGAGAUUCAGUCUUAUCAGAAAAAGUAUGGCGUUGAAAUCAUAAAAAGAUACCGAAAAGGCUACAAAAAAAAUUCAAAAAUAGCCGGAGAUGAUGUGACUUAUGACGAAUUUGUGCGCUACUUGGUCGAUGAAGACGUGGAGAAGAUGAACGAGCACUGGAUGCCCAUGUACAACCUGUGCCAGCCCUGUGCCGUGCCCUACAAUUUCAUCGGCUCUUAUGAAAACCUUGAACGUGACGCAGAAGUUUAG